CUCCGUUCCCCUCCUCUCCUCCUCACUCCCUUUAUCUUUCUCUUCUCCUUUUGAUCCUCCUCUCGCCCUAAAAAUGGUGGUUUUUGCCGUCGCGCGCAAGGAUACUACGCCUUUUGAUGGCCAGAAGCCUGGCACCUCGGGGCUCCGGAAGAAGGUGACUGUGUUCGCACAACCUAAUUAUCUGCAUAACUUUGUCCAAUCCACAUUUGACGCCCUUACAGCUGACAAGGUGAAAGGUGCUACAAUUGUUGUCUCCGGGGAUGGCCGGUACUUCUCUAAGGAUGCUAUUCAGAUCAUUAUAAAAAUGGCUGCUGCAAAUGGAGUAAGACGUGUUUGGGUUGGACAAAAUGGUUUAUUGUCAACACCUGCAGUAUCAGCUGUUAUCCGUGAAAGAGUUAGUGCAGAUGGAGCUAAGGCAUCAGGUGCUUUUAUACUGACAGCCAGUCACAACCCAGGUGGUCCACACGAGGAUUUUGGAAUCAAAUACAACAUGGAAAAUGGUGGACCUGCUCCUGAGGGGAUUACUGAUAGAAUAUAUGAGAAUACCAAAACAAUUAAGGAGUAUUUGAUUGCUGAUCCCCCAGAUGUAGAUACUUCUACUAUAGGUGUAACAAGCUUUACUGGACCUGAAGGACAGUUUGAUGUCGAUGUUUUUGAUUCAACAACUGACUAUGUGAAACUAAUGAAGUCAAUUUUUGAUUUUGAGUCCAUUCAGAGGCUGCUCACAUCGCCAAAAUUUUCAUUUUGUUAUGAUGCUCUUCAUGGAGUUGCUGGGAUUUAUGCAACGCGGAUCUUCGUUGAAGAGCUUGGUGCUGAUGAAAGUUCAUUAAUAAAUUGUAUUCCUAAGGAAGAUUUUGGAGGUGGACAUCCGGAUCCAAACUUGACGUAUGCAAAGGAAUUGGUUGCACGCAUGGGUUUGGGCAAAUCAAGCCCUCAAGACGAACCACCAGAGUUUGGUGCUGCUGCUGAUGGUGAUGCAGAUCGCAACAUGAUCCUUGGCAAAAGGUUUUUUGUCACUCCAUCUGACUCUGUUGCCAUAAUUGCGGCCAAUGCAGUGCAGUCAAUUCCUUAUUUCUCAUCUGGUCUGAAGGGUGUUGCCAGGAGCAUGCCAACCUCUGCUGCACUUGACGUUGUGGCAAAGAAUUUGAAUUUGAAGUUUUUUGAGGUUCCAACUGGAUGGAAAUUUUUUGGGAACUUGAUGGAUGCUGGGGUUUGUUCAAUCUGUGGUGAAGAAAGCUUUGGAACUGGCUCUAAUCAUAUUCGAGAGAAGGAUGGAAUAUGGGCAGUUCUAGCUUGGCUUUCUAUCCUUGCUUAUAAAAACAAAGAUAACCUUAAUGGUGGAAAGAUGAUUACAGUUGAGGACAUAGUUUUGCAGCAUUGGUCAACUUAUGGCCGCCAUUAUUAUACCCGAUAUGACUAUGAGAAUGUGGAUGCAGGUGCUGCUAAAGAACUCAUGGCACAUUUGGUCAACUUGCAAUCAUCUCUUGCUGAUGUGAACAAGAUAAUACAGGGUAUAAGAUCUGAUGUUUCAAAGGUUGCUGAAGCAGAUGAAUUUGAGUACAAGGAUCCUGUUGAUGGUUCAAUCUCAAAGCACCAGGGCAUCAGAUAUCUCUUUGAGGAUGGAUCUCGACUGGUUUUCCGCCUCUCUGGAACUGGCUCAGUAGGUGCAACCAUCCGAGUCUACAUCGAGCAGUAUGAGAAAGACCCUGCAAAGACUGGAAGAGAUUCACAAGAUGCCCUUGCUGCCCUUGUGGAAGUGGCUCUAAAGCUUUCCAAGAUGCAAGAAUUCACAGGCCGCUCGGCACCAACAGUCAUUACCUAAAUUCAAUAUCCAAGUCUGGGUUAUCUUUUCUCAUUCUGAAAGUAUUUUAUAUAAUUACUGUGUUUCCGGUGAGCUAUGCAGGGUUGAUGUUGAGUAUAAUAACUGCAUCGGAUGAGAGUUUUUCGUGUCUUUUGUUGAAGAUUGAAAUAACGUGGCGUUGUGAACUUCGUUUUGAUAUUAACUUCCUUUAUCUCAUUUCAAAAUAAAUAGUGUGGUUGAGUUUGUAUUGUCUUA